AUGAAGCUACGCUCAAAGCUAGUUUGCUUUACUUUCAUCGCCCUGCUCCUCUACCUCAUGUUGUCGGGCUCUCAGACUCUGACGAGGUCCGCCUCAAGCGCUGUAUCGCAUGGUAGCGACCGAGGAGGAAAUGAACCUUCGGCGCAUCAUCUCAAGGCCAAAACUACCCCUGUCUCUGUCUUCAUUGGCAUCUUCUCGACCCCAGAACGCAGCGACCGACGUCAACUCUUGCGAAACGUCUAUAGUCGAGUGAGACGAACAGGCUUGUCUCAAUCUCAAGACACCCUCGUGUUCAAGCACAUCAUUGCUAGACCUGAUUCCAACGUGUCAUCGGAUGCCUUGGCCGCGGAGCAAGCAGAACACAACGAUUUGCUCUUUCUCGAUUGCAACGAAGGCGCGGAGGGAGGCAAGACCUGGUACUAUUUCGCCGCGCUGGGAAAGAAACCGCAUAUCGCUGACCACGUCGAAGGAUACGAUGACCCGCAGACCAAGUUUGACUUUGUUAUGAAGCUAGAUGAUGACACCUACCUCAAUCUGCCACGCUUUUUGGACGCCAUCAGACUCUUCCAGGGGACGCCAGAAGUAUACUUUGGGCGGAUUUGCAACCUCCCCAUCAUGCCGUCUGGAUUUCAUCAUUUCCCUUAUCAUUGUGGCUUGGGCUAUGCCUUGUCGACUGAUUUGUGUCAAUGGCUGUCCGAGACGUACGAUGAAUCGCCUCCCAUUAAAUAUCUGUCUGCUGAGGAUGUUGAGACUGCAGGUUGGCUGAGAGAUGGUGGAAAGCUGUUCGGAUUUGCUGCUAUACCUCAAUCGCAAAUGUACUCCUUCUGGGAUCGAAUGCCAGCCCACCUUCGCCAUAAGGAUUGGUAUCAAAAGAUGACGCCUGAAAAUAUGCAGUACACAGUCGAUCAUCUCAACAAACGGGACAUUGCGAUCCACGGCUUGAAGGAUGAAGAAUUUAUGAUUGCAGUCGCUGAUUGGUUUCAUCAACUUGAAAGACAGAUGCAGUGA